UUUCGAUCGAGUUUUUCCUGCUCGGGGCAGGUGCCCAGGGCGGCUCCGGGCGGAGGGUUACGCGCGGCGUCCGGCGCCCCAAUCCCCGCGCCGCCAGCCCCGGGAAGCGCGCGUCGGGCGGGCGGCCGGGGCCGCGGCGGCCACGGCGUCUCCAGGCGUGCUCACUGGCGUCCGUUUGUGCCCAGGUGAUGCCGGCGGCGACAUGGAGUUCCCGGAGCACGGCGGGCGGCUGCUGGGCCGCCUGAGGCGGCAGCGCGAGCUCGGCUUCCUGUGCGACUGCACCGUGCUGGUGGGCGACGCGCGCUUCCCGGCCCACCGCGCCGUGCUGGCCGCGUGCAGCGUCUACUUCCAUCUCUUCUACAGGGACCGGCCCUCGGGCAGCCGCGACACGGUGCGGCUGAACGGCGACAUCGUCACGGCGCCCGCCUUUGGCCGUCUGCUGGACUUCAUGUACGAGGGCCGCCUGGACCUGCGCAGCCUGCCCGUCGAGGACGUCCUGGCCGCCGCCAGCUACCUGCACAUGUACGACAUUGUCAAGGUCUGCAAGGGCAGGCUCAGGGAGGACCACGCGCCGCGCCCGGAGACGCCCGCCCCCGGGGCCGAGCCGCCGGGCCAGCUCCUGUGCCCCCAGCCCGCCUGGACCCCUGAGCUCUGCCCAGCGCCCCAGGAGGCCAGGCUUGCCGGGGCUGGGGGCAAGGCCGCCUUCCCGCCACGAGUGCUGGGGCCUCCUCCCUGGCAGGCCCCAGGAGAGUCGGACCGGGCUCUGGACCUGUCGCUGAAGCCUGGCCGGAGGCGGGAGCCGGUCCGCCCACGCUUUGUCAUCGAGACGGGCCCCUGCGGUCAGACGCAGCAAGGGGCCCCACGGCUAGUAAAGGACGAACGUGACUCCCUGUCCCAACAGGACAGCGUGGGCCCUCUGAGCCCCCGCAGCCCCCUGAAGCCACCCUGCGUCCCUACAGCCAAGCGCCUGGCAGGGGGCUUGGAGCCACUGCCAGUCGGCGGGGUGGGCAGCCAGGAGCCGGAGCUGGAUGCGGAGCCAGGGGCGAGCGACGACGACGACGACGAGCUGGGCCCCGGCGGGCACCUCUGCACGUGCCCGCUGUGCUGCAAGCUGUUCCCCAGCGCCCGCGAGCUGCAGCUGCACCUCAGCGCCCACUUCCGGGAGCGGGACGUCGCGCGGGCCCAGCUCUCGCCCGACUGCACCGUGCCCACCUGCCCGCUCUGCGGAAAGACCUUCUCCUGCGCGUACACGCUGAAGCGCCACGAGCGCACGCACUCGGGCGAGAAGCCUUACACGUGUGCGCAGUGCGGCAAGAGCUUCCAGUACUCGCACAACCUGAGCCGCCACGCCGUGGUGCACACCCGCGAGAAGCCCCACGCCUGCCGCUGGUGCGAGCGCCGCUUCACGCAGUCCGGGGACCUCUACCGCCACGUUCGGAAGUUUCACUGUGGCCUGGUCAAGUCCCUGCUGGUGUGA